AUGGAUAAUAAUCGAUAUAGUAGUGUUUGGGAACAUUUUACUAUAAUUGAUGGAAUUCACGCAAAAUGUGAUAUUUGUAAACGUAAAUACUCUUAUAAAUCCACACUUACAAAUUUGAAAAAACAUUUAUCCAACCGACACUUAAUAAACUGUUCACCAGCCAAUAAUCUAGUGAGUCAAAAUCAAAACACACACCAUGAUAAUAUUGACAAUCCAGACGACUCAGAAACUCGUGAUCCUCAACCUUCUACAUCUGGAUCAUCAAUGGCACCUGUAUCUUCAUCAGCCAGUAUUUGUAUGUCGAGGCCAACUGAAGUUGCACGUAAACGUAAGCAAACUAGCAUAAUUGGUUAUGUUCCUAAAAGAAUGACUGUUGAAAGUAAAAAAAAAAUUGAUGGGGCUCUUUUAAAAUUAUUUACAAAAGACUACCAACCAUUUAGAGUAGUAGAAGAUGAAGGGUUUAAGGAAUUUGUGAAACUGUUAAAUCCAAACUAUAUUCUUCCUGAUAGACACUCUAUAUCCAAAACAUAUAUACCAGCUUUAUAUGAAAAAUGUGUUUUUGAAAUGAAAGAGUUGGUUGAGAAGGAAGCUGAAAGUGUCUGUAUGACAACCGAUUGUUGGACUUCUCGUAACAAUGAAAGUUUUAUGGCUGUCACUAUUCAUUUCAUCGAUAGUAAUUUCAGCUUACGUUCAGUUCUCCUUGGGUGUUUUGAAUUUAAUGAUCAUCACACAGGACUGAAAUCCGUGGGAUGUUUUGCACAUACUAUGAAUCUUGUCGUUCAAUCUUCCCUUACACUGGAAAUUAGUUUGUUAGAUCGAGUAAAGGCAAUUGUUACACAUUUUAGAAAAAGUACUGUGGCAAAUAAUAAACUACAUACUUAUCAAAUUAAUAAUGGCAUCAGUCAACCAAAAAAAUUGAUUCAAGAUGUUCAGACUCGUUGGAACUCAACGUUUUAUAUGAUAAGUAGGUUUGUUGAAUUGGAGGAUUCUAUUCGUGGUACAUUAGGUUUACUGGAUAAAGCGCCGGAAAACCUUAAGGGUGAAGAAUGGGUAAUUCUAAAAGAAAUGUGCCAAGUACUUAAGCCUUUUGAAGAAGCUACCAGAGUAGUAAGCGGAGAAAAAUUUAUGACAGCUUCACUGGUCAUUGUUUUGUCUCAGGGUCUAGUUGAUGUAUGCCAUAAAAUGUCUAAAAUGAAUUAUAACACUAGAGUUCUUGAUAUUGUAAACAAGCUAUUGUGUACUAUGCUUGAAAAAGACACCUGGAAAAAUUUAGAAAAAAGUAGAACAUUACACCGAAGCACAUUUUUAGACCCUCGUUUCAAAAAUAUACCUUUUUUGCAUAGUACAUCUAUUCUUGAGACCACAAAAGAUGAUAUCAUUGAACAAUUGACGGGGAUUAUUCGAAUUGAAAACAACCAAACAGCAGAACGUAAUGAACAAAUUCCACCACCUGAGAAUGGUUCUGAAGAGGUACGGGACUUGCAAACUUUUGGACAUCAAAGUAUAUCAAUUUGGGAUACAAUUGAUCGUAAUGCAGCAGAGGUACUACCUACUGGAACAUCAACAUCUCGUGCAAUCAUUGAAGUCCAACGUUAUUUAGAAGUUGCUAUACUGCAAAGAAAUAACGAUCCGUUAAAUUGGUGGCGUGAAAAUAGUUAUAACUAUCCGUAUCUACACAUAUUAGCAAAAAGAACACUAUGCUGUUUAGGUACAUCAGUACCGUGUGAAAGAGUGUUUUCGAAGGCUGGAUUAAUUUUAAAUGACCGUCGUUGUCGUCUGAAAAAUGAUAAAGUUAAAAUGCUUUUAUUCCUCAACUAUAAUUCAAAUUAA